AUGUUGUGUCUACACUGCUCUCAUGGUCUUAGGGUUACUCCAAUUGUAACGAGGGUACUUUCACAGUCAAGUUCUAUGCUGGUGAAAAGAACAUUUACCUCAAUAACACCCCUCCGACCAACGUUAUCUCCCGGCGCAUUCAAACCCACGUCAUCGGUGAUCAUUGCUUCAGAAGCAGCACCAUUAGAUCUCCUCCCAAAGAUCUCAGCACAUCCAGCAUUGAGCACAACACAAGUCCGUUGUGGACCUAGAAAUACAUUUAGUCCGAGUCAUUUUGUUAGGAAGAGGAGGCAUGGAUUUUUAAGCAGAAUUAAGACGAGGAAGGGGAGAGCGACGUUGCAGAGGAGGAAGUCGAAGAAAAGAAGUACUUUGAGUCAUUAA